AUGAAGCGGCAAAACUUGGAAAGCAUGGCAGAAGCUGGCACGGCUGUCGCUCAAAGAGCGACACUGCAGGAUUUCAAAUCUUGCAGCCUUUUUUUGUCGGAAGACGUUUGGAAGACUUUGACGGCUGCGUUGCAUCGCGCAGAUGUGCUUGUGAACUAUCUUGUUGAUACCCUGGGCCUGCGGCAUCCUUCGGAGCCGACCAAUGCAGUGAUCACUGCAUUGGUGGCUUGCUGCUCUGGGGAAAAUUCGAUGCAGUUGCAAACCCUUUUGCAAACUGUGAAGUCGGUUUUGCGAACAAGGACAACAAGGGCCCGCAUCAGCGGGCUGCCGUUGCCCGCUGGCGUUCCCGCAAUGCUGGGCAUGCCAGCAAUGGAUCCUCGCGCUGCAGGGUGGCAGAUGUUACAAACAGCACACAUGGCCCAAACGGCUUUGUCUUUAGCCAACUCCUUCGCCAUGGCGGGAUGCCCGCGUGCGCCCGAGGGCGAGCUGAGCAAUUUGCAAAUUUUUCCUUCUGGCAAUCGGCAGCGAGAAGCCCAGGCACCGUCGUCAUCUGUUAGAGCGUUGAUGGACCGUGCAGAAGCCACUGUGGAAACGCCAUCAGUUCCACCAGCAGGUUCUACGCCAGCCAUUGCCGCGGAGGCGCCCGCGCCGCUGCCGAGACCUGUGGCGGAUCGCCCUGCAACGGAGGAAGACGUGGCUGAUGGUGCCACCACUGGGGCGGAACCAGGUCCUGACACUGCGUUGGCGGGGUCCAAUCCAUUAAUGCCAACGCAUGUAUCUGAGGCCAUGGAACGUUUGGCCAAGACUUAUUAUGGCAAGGAGUUACCACAGUCUGAGGAGACCGCUGUGCCUGGGACGGCUUGCAAGCGUCCGGCGGCAGCAAAAGGUCGCCCGCGCAAGCGCCCGGCGGCUGCAAUGCCAACUGCCUCUGCGGAGGCCGUGGACUGCAGCAAGCCCGUGGCUUCCGCCGACAAAGCGGCGCUCAUGAGGAGACCUGCAGCGAGCUGUCACAGCGACAAGCAGCGUGGUCCGAUGAAAUCGAUGAAGACUGCUGUUGCUGCUGUGAAAAAGAAACCGGCAGCUUCAAGUGCCGCUGCUGCCAAGACGCGAUGCAUUACACGCAAGCAGCAGCUCAAAUGGAGACCUUCGGGCUGUGCUCGCUGCCGCAGAACCCCAGGAUGUUGCCCCAGCUGUUGGGUCAAGCGUGGCUAUGAGGAGGAUGGAACGGUGCAGCUGGACACUGGUGACAAAACAGUGACGCUUCCAUCUCCCACGCUUGCUGCUCUAUAUGCGUCUGGUGAGGCUCUGGGAGCCGGAAAUCAGGACGCUCUUGCCAGUGUGGAAGGCCAUGGUCUGCGUGACGGGCAGGACUUGUUCAUAACGCAGCCAUGGCGCCGAGCUGCAGUAACUGCAGCAGAAGCAUUGAUUGCUCAGUUUGAGCAACGCUCGGAUAUCGAUCUGGAUGAUUGUCCGAUUUUGGAUGAAUUGAAGAGCAUUGUCACCAAUGCUGCCACUGACAUGGACAUGGAUGCGCAGCACGCAGGAGACAUCUUGCACGGUGGGCAGAUGUUUCUUUUCAUCUGCGACAAUGAGGAGGACCUGUGA